AUGUCCUCCUGUUCCUCCGGCUCCGCCAUGCUCGGGCAGAGGGGAACCCGCGUCCUCCUCCGCAGACGCGGGGGGAGGAUGUGGCCCCUGGGGCCGCGAGGAGGAUGCUGCAGUGGCUCCUCCCUCUGCUCCCUCCUCCCGAGCGCGGCAGCGGGCUCCGGCCGCGUCGCCGGCAGGUUUCGUUGCUUGCUCGACCAGGUGGCCCCCAGGCUGGCGGCCGCCGUCAGCAGUGGCGGCGCGAUCGCCGCCGCGGCCGGGAGCGGCGGGGGCGGCGGGACCGCGCACUCAGCGGUGGCUCAGGCGAUAGCUCACGUGGCAGUAACGGCGGUGGCGAUUGCGUCCGGGGCGUGCCUCUCGACCAAGGUCGACUUCCUGUGGCCCAGAGGGGAGGACCAGCCGAGUAUGCUUCUGUCCUGUCCGCCUCUCUGCUGUUGACUCUCCCGAAAAACGAGAUGCCGGACGAAGAAGAAUUAGGUUUUUAAGUUCCAUGCGCAUUUUCUAGCUUUUUGAUGAGGGCGCGGAACAAGUGUUUGUAUGUUCAGUGACUCUUGCGUAAGUUUGCUGGUCGGUUGCUUGCCUGACGAACUUGUGAAUAGGGAUUGACCAGUAAACUCAUAACAAGAGAGGCUAUACCAGUGAAUUCCAACCCUGUUACACUGAGGAUUUUCCAGGGAUCCAUCAUUGUCCACUGCACAAAAUGAGUUGUUCGUUUCCCUCCGGAGCUCUGAGCUUCAGGAACGGUCCUAUUCAUUCGAACCAGAAUAAUGGUUGGUGUUUGACCGCAUUAUUGUUGUUACUCUCUCUGGGUUACGGCCUCACAUCAACAUGAGUUGGUGUAAAAUUUUCUUGCCUCAAAGGCCACAUUAACAUGCCGAAGCUGUAAAAUUCUUCAGUUUAUGAUCGAGUAAUAAAAAUUGGUGUCCUCCCUCUUCUACUAUGUCACACAGUCGGUUAACCUUUUUUUCUCUUGACAUCUGGUUUUCCAGAUGAAAUCUGGAUGUCAUUAAUUCUCCAGAAUUUCCAAAAUCUCAUGGUUCUCCUUUUAAUCUGACAGAGCAUUAAAGUCGAAAUAGUAUUGGAAAGUUUCUAGAAUGUGUCUAUAUAGGACGAACAGUAGGAAUGGUCUGGGAAAAAAACACUGGAAUUUAGUGCACCGCAAACUUUCAUAAUUAAACCUCUGUAGUUAUUUGGUUCUACAGCUUUAUUUAAGGUAUCAAUCUUAGCCUUCUAUCCCUUGUAUUUAUAUUCUUACAUAUGCAAUCUACAUUCAGCAGAUGAAUGUCCUUUUUACCUUUCUCUUCUGCCUUCAAACUUAGGAGCUUCUAAUAUCUUCUACAAUUUUCAUUAUGGUUUUUGACAUAUUAGGGAUUGAAAAAGCUUUAGUAGCUAAAGAAGAUAAAAACGCCUUAACACUUUAGCCUUGCUGCUGAAAAUUAUUUUUAUUUACUGCAUCUCUGACUAGGUCAUUACGAUCCUAAUAUCCAAUCUUGUCAUUAGAUUAUCCUAGUUUCAUUGUUUCACCUGGAAACUUAAUGCAAGACUAAAGACAAGAAACCUUGACGGAUUUCCAUGGAUUUGAAUUUCAAAUAUUCAGCUUUCCAUGGAAAUUUAGUUAGAUGUGAUAACGUUAUUAUGAACUUUGACAGGUUUUUCUCAUUAUUUUACUGCAUAUUUUCCGAAUUGAAAAUUGAAUUAUUUGUGUUUGUUGACUGCAUGUUUUCAUGAUAUAUAAUCCAUUUUCAUAUUAUUUUUUUCAUUAAUUCCGGUUUUGAUUAGAAACUUCAUUCCAAUUGUUUUGUAUUUGUUAAUGCAGAUUCUAUAGUUCUUGAUGGAGUAGAAUUGACAGGAUACCCUAUUUUCAAUGAUGCAAAGGUUUCUUUUUAAUCGCCAUUUCCCCUGUACCUUUUAAUAAGCUCUUAUAGUUUUCUUUCAAUUAAAAACGUGUUUAAUUUGUCAUUACAGGUUCUCAAGGCUAUUGAGUUUGCACGAAAAGCUCACCAUGGCCAACUAAGAAAAACAGGAGAACCAUAUGUAACCCAUUGUAUAUAUACAGGAAAAAUCUUAGCAGCCUUGGUUCCAACAAGUGGGGACCGUGUAUGUGAUCCUUCACUUGAUACUUGAUUUAUAUCCGUGGAAUUUUUUGUCGUGGAACCCUUGAAUAUUCGCAUGAAUUUUCUUUUAUUUAGAGAAUUGUGGGUGUGGAUAUUGCUCCCAUGUUUACUGACUUGACACCAUACUAAAUGUCCUGAUGCAGGCUGUAAACACAGUUGUGGCAGGAAUUCUGCAUGAUGUAAUUGAUGAUACAUUUGAAACUCUUCAUAGAAUAGAGGAAGAAUUUGGAACUGAUGUGAGGAAUUUAGUUGCUGGUGUUUCAAAGCUUAGCUACAUAAAUCAGGUGAGACUAAAAUAUUUACAAGAGUUCUUUACUAUCCGCUAAUAGCUAGAUCUUGAGCUUUCUUGUUUCGUUGGUUACACGAAGAUUUUAAUAUCUUGAGGCAUCCAAUGAUGGAAUAGACGUAGGUAUUCUUUUGUGACAUGAUGUAAAGUUGUAAUUAAGAAGUAUCAUCUGACAUAUCCAAGGAUUUUAAAACAAGGUUAAGGUUUAAACUAGUCUAAUAAUAAUCUGAUAUAUUGUUUUUAGUUUUAGCGUCCGAUAAGAAAUGUUGGCUUUCUUCAACAAAGUGUCUGAGCUACCAGGUUAAUAUUUAUGGAAUCCUAUGGCUUUGUAUUUAUCAACACUUUGAGUCUAUUAGGGAUCUUUAUAUUAAUUUUUAUUACUGUUUAUGACUUCGUUUCCAUCUGUUGCAGCUACUUCGAAGACAUCGCAGAAAAUCCAUUAACCAAAGUGAUCUUACAUCUGAAGAGGUAUGUUCCUAGUACCCAUCCAAUUCCUGGAGAAAAUAUAUGCUUUUUUGUUUACUCAAAUGAAAGUUUCUAUAUUUUCUUAUCUGCUGAUAAUGAUUUCUCUAUAUUACUUUAGAAAUCAAAGGUUUCAUGACACUCUGUUGAACGGAUUAUCUUGACUCAUAUGCUACAUAUCUUUUAGCCUUUGUGAUGGAACCCCACUCAUUCAGUAGGAGACGUUUAACAAUGGUUUUUCACCUUUGGAUAAUUGAAGAACUAUUGAAGGUUAUCAAUAGUAUGGUUUUGAGGAAUGCAAGAUACCAAACCUUCAGAGGCUUACCAUUUGGGCUACUGCUAUAUUCAUCAUUUCAUAUUCAAGGUUUAUGAAAACCGGAGGACAUAAGUAACCAUAACACCAGUUUCUUUCGUUUCCUUUCCUGACCGAUGGUCAUAGUUUUGCAAUAGGAUACUUGGCCGAUUCUGAUUGUAAAUUAGCCGCCCUGCCUGAUCUUGAAUAGGCAUGGAAGUGGCCUAUUUUGCAGCUGAUUUGUCCCUAUUUCACUGGGAUUAGCCAGUUUCCUCCAGUAGUGUUAUUAAUGCAGGAAGAAUGUGGAAAUAUCAUUUGCUGGCAGAUAAUGCAGGAGAGGGAAGAAAUAAGAGAGAAAGAAGGAAAGAAAAAAAAGAAAAAAAAAAGAAAGUCACCUGGAGCUAGUCAGGGCCAAUUGCUUAGCUUUGUCACCAAUGGCCUCUACAGCAGCGGGCCUGCCACCCAUAUCUCUGCUCUGCAUGCCACCCUCCCUCAGUUAGAAAACAGGCAGAGGGGUAGAAACGGAGCUUAGCAAUUUAUAUAAAAGCCUUCAGUUACUCUCCAAUUUUACUUUCUCCCCUUUGCUUUAAAAUUUUGAAAUAUAUGCUUUUCUUUAUUUUUACCCAAAUUAUCUUUCCUCAGAAUGGCCGAUAUGGUCAAUCCGGCACGAUUUGGAUACCCGUUUGAUUGGAUUUUCUAUGGGUUUCUGAACCUUCUUCCAACAACUAUCCCUGACUUUUGCAAUUCAUUGUUAAUUUGUGUCCUAAAAGAUUGUUCAUUCUCAAAAAGUAAACACCUUAUUUGGCUAUCUGGAUUCUAGGAUUAAAUGUUUACCUUCUGGUGAUGUUUUAGGCAAAUAAACUGAGAGCUAUGCUGCUGGGAAUGGUUGAUGACCCUCGUGUGGUUCUUAUCAAACUUGCAGAUCGGCUUCAUAACAUGAGAACAAUGUAAGACUGCUACCUUUUUUUACCUCUGUCAUCCAAAUGCAUUGGUCGUCUUAUUUAAUUUCAUUAGUUUUGUUCAAAGUCUCAUAGUAUAGAAUUACUCAAAGAUCCUGCCUCUUUGUUGAUUUCGAAAAUAUGCCCUUGAUUUUUUCUGGGAGCCUAUUUUAUGAUUAUAACUUUGUGUUAAUCUUAGUCUUAAUCUCAGGCAAUUGUUUUGUAUUAUACUUGAAAUGACAAUAUGUUUCAUCUGCACUUGAUUGUGGUGCUCACAUCUGCCUCAGUUACAUAGUUCCGCACAGGACAGUGCUUUAAAAAUGGGGAUAAUGUGGAGGAUUUGAAUGCAUGACCUUUUCUUCAUGGUUUAUAGGGUUUUAUUGGUUUUUUAGAGUUAUUUGAAUGAUACUUUGCUAUUAUAAACGGUUCCUCCCCUUCCCCCUCACUCUGUCAAUUUUAUCAGAGGGAUCAAUCAUCAUCUAGAUCUGGAUAUUCCAAUCUUGUGGCAAACUGUGCUCUAUCAAUUGUUAGUCCGGACGUUUCUGCGUCAAAAUGUUAUUCCUGUGGCUAAUCCCUGUGUAGUGCCAAUCUUCAUCAAUUAGGGAGAGGGUGUAUUUCCUAGAAUGCUUGCUCUUCACAUUCCAUUUUAUAUUUCCUUUGUGAUGCUAUGAUGUCAAGCUUUGUGCAAAAUAUUGUUUUAGACACUAAAUUGUUUUAGACUCUAAUCAACUAUUAUUUGUCAGCAUUACUGCUUGAUUGAGGGCGACACAUCUAUCGUUCGUCAUCUCAGACUUCCAAUCUUAUUCGAGUGAAAUUGUGUUGGACACCCAACCUUAUCAAGAAAUAUGAUGCUUGACUAGAACCAUUUGAUUUUUGAAAUGUGAUACCCAGUCUGACUAUGAAUAUUCUGAUUGCCGGCAUGCUGAAAAAAUAAUAUGAUAUUGUUCCAUAAUGCUCAAUUCAUGCAUAUCGUUUCGGUGUUCCAUGCUGUGUAAUAUUGUCUUUCAGAGCUUUUUCAGAAAUCCUACUAUACAUGUUAACAACGCUUUCUUAAUCAUUUUUGUUCUCUUUUCCAGUUAUGCUUUGCCACUACCUAAGGCACAAGCUGUUGCACAGGAGACAUUGUCUGUAUGGUGUUCACUUGCAUCUAGGCUGGGUGUUUGGGCCUUGAAAGCGGAACUUGAGGAUCUAUGCUUUGCUGUUCUUCAGGUACACACUCUAGAUUUAUUAAUUUAUUUUCCUCCAGUGUGCAUAGUAGAUCAACUUUCUGGUGAAGAUCUUUUCAAUUUGAGUUCGGAAAUAUAAGAUCAUUGAAAUGUUUCUUCUGUUACACUAAAUGUUUUGUAUUCAGCCUUGAAAUUCUCCAUCACAUCGUUUUUCCUCAUUUCACUGUAUACCCAGAUUUGAUCAUGGUGCCUUUGAAUGAUGUGGGAUGAAAAUUAUCUCUGUUAAACACGAGUGCAUCUUUCCUCUUGUUGAUCAUCUGGGUUGAAUUGUUCUUUCUUUUUCCCAUAUUUUUAUAUCGGUUUUCAUGUUUUGGUAAGCUAAUACUGACAGCAUUGAACUUGAGAAAGUUAACAAAUUAUUCUGUUUUGCAGCCAGAUACGUUUCAGCAAAUCCGAUCUGAACUUGCUUCAAUGUGGAGUUCUGACUCUAAGACUAGAAAUCCGAGAAGAAUAUCUGCAAAGCCUGGGAUUCUCUUACCACUCAAUGACUACAAAGGUUCUAUGUCUUUGGUUGAAGAUAUGGAAAACAUAAGGGUAUAGACUGGUUAAAACUUAUUUAUUUGCUUUUAGUUUGAGACACUUCAUGUCUUUUCUUUCUAAAGUUCUUUCAAGGAUAAACAUGAUUUGUAGACCCGGGAAAAUCGUUGGCUCAUAAAACCGUUCAUGAACAUGGACAGAGGAUUGAUUUCUAUAUUUUCAAUCAAGUAAUAAGUGUGGACUAAUUUUUUAGAGCUAGAAAUAUCUUAACAUUUUAGUGUUAAUCAGAUAAAAAUUAUGCGUGUAUAUUAGCCUAAAAUUACUUCGCUUACAUAAUCUGCAUAAUUUGACGUUUAUCGCUCUUUGUCGUUUUUGUACACAACACAGUCGUUUGUUUUAGCAUCGCUUUUAGUUGGAAUGGUGUGAUUAGAUAAUCAAUGAACCUGUAUAACUAAAUUCCGGAUUACAUGAUCAAAUUCUAAUGGGGAUUCUAGUGCAGUUGUCAGGCACACAAAAAACUAUCAUCUCGUGUGUGUUUGGUUUUGUUGUCCGUUUUGACACCGGUGGAAGCAUUCAAACAUAAGCCAAAAUCAAGUGAUUUAGGCAACCUUUCAUCUCAAGGAGGAAUUAUGUGAAUCAAGGUGAGAUUGAGUUUCUGAUACCGAUCUGAUUAGGCUUGAUUGCACCUGUAAGUGCUAUCAAAGUUAUCUAGAAUUGGUCAUGGAAUUUGGAGAUGAGAGCAUUUUAUUGAGAAUUUUCGAUUACUGAAGAAUCUUAGCCAAUAUUAUUUAGGUUUCAGAAUUUGUGGAAAUUUCAUGAUUAUAGGAGAGGUAAAGCCUGUUGAGAGAAGAAUGGUGCAUUUUGUAGCAUAAUGUUUUUCGGACCUUUGAUUCAGGGUAACCUUUCUAUGUCAUGUUCGUGAAAACUUUCUUCAGUUAUGCUUUAGACAAGGAGCUGCAGUUGUAGAUGGUAAUUGCUUUCCAGUUAUCUAGGAUAUGUAUAUAUGUACCCUGACCGACCAAGGAAUACUUGGUCAUGUGAUGGACAAUUUUGUGCUUUGAAAAUGCUGAAAUGGAUUGGUUUAGUAUGUUUCUGCCACUCGAUAAAACUCAAAGCUCGAAUGUUCUGUAGAUCUGGAGAUAAAACUAUCAUAACCCUUUCGGUGUUUUAUUGUCAUUAGAUACCUUGCAGGACAAGUUAGCAAUAUCAAUCAUAUUUAGUGCGUAUAAAAAAAAUCACCAUUGCAAACUUUAGAGUUUAUUUUGUACAUCUUGAUAACUUACUGCAUAUUGGGAAGGAGAAUGCAUGUCAGAGGGGUUUUCUUGUGUUGUCGAAUUAUGUCUUUUUAAAGAAGUUAUAUGCCGCUUAGAAAAAUAUAAUGAGCUUACAUGAAAGCAUCCUCCUCAUAUUUUGUGAUCUGAUGUGAAAUUUUAGUUAUGUCCCAAUGUAGUUGUACUUUGACCUGUAAGAAUUAGGUUCCAAUGUGAAUCAUUGUUUGAAAGUGUAUAGGUUUUUAGGUUGAGAUAAUCAUUUAAAAUAAAGUUUCGUGAGGAUUCAACCUAUAGGUAAGUCCCUAAAAGUCAUAAAUCCUGUAUAAUGUUUGUUUCUAACAUAUCAUGUAUACUUCUGGUUCAGGAGAUGCCAUAUCAUUUUUAUUAACCUCCGCAUGUUUUAAAUUGAAUUAUUAUUCACUGUCAUUGAUUUGUUUCAGUUAUUCCUGUGCACAGAAUCUUUUGCAGGCAGUACUACCAUUUGAUCUGUUUAUGGAUAGAAGGAAGCGAAUGUGUUUUCUCAAUAAUCUCAGAACAGAUUCUGAUGUUUCUAAUAUUAGCCAUAAGGUUGUAAAUGAUGCUGGAGUUGCAUUGUCAUCUUUAGUACUAUGUGAGGAAGCACUUCAACAAGAACUUUUCAUAUCAACUUCGUAUGUCCCACAACACUUAAUCUUUUUUUGUUAGUUCUAGAUAGAAACCUUUUGUGAAAGUUCAUGAUAAUGCAUCUUUAUGUUCUACUGGUCGUUUAUUUAAAAGCACAUUUCCAUCAAUGACCUUUUUGCGUAUUGUGGGUUGGGAUUCAGAUGAUGUCCUCCAAAAAAUUUAUUUAUUUUUUUAACGAGUAGAAGACAGUCUUUAUCAUUUCUGUGAGAAUUUUUACUCCUGUUCUGCAGCUGAUUGUGGCUGCUUGAAUUUUGCCUUUCUCUGCAGUUACAUUCCGGGAAUGGAAGUAACAUUGUCAAGUCGAUUGAAAAGCUUAUACAGCAUCUAUUGCAAGGUAUUACAAGCCCCACUUCAUAUUAGGUUUUAGAAAUUCUCGCCAUGUUCUUUGUAGCUGUCCAAAGAUCUUGGUUCCCUCUCUUAUUGGUAUGGCCUUGCAAAAAGUUUUGCUUGCUGGUAAGAUGAUAUGUUUUACAAGUGGCAUUAAUGAAUAGCAAAAGAUACAGCAUUAACAUGUAACAGAAAAACUCAAGCCUUGUGUAGUUAUUAUUUUGAACUUGAACAUUGAAUUUUAAAAGCCAUCGCUAUGGUAUAAAGCAGAAAAGCUGAGCCGAUAGUAAUGUUCCCAGCAGUGGGAAGAUUUUUUCCUGUUUCCUGGAGAUGGGUUAUUAUCUCUUCUAUACAGCUUACGAGUUUUGGACACUUUGCUUGCUGAAAUGUUCUUUGGUCAUAUUUAAGGAUCACUUAUUGGUAUCAAAUCUCCGAUCACUAGCACCUGAUAUUGAUCCAGUUUGCUUCGCCUUCUUCAGCAAAUUCAAAUCAAAUCAGCUGUUCUGGCUACAAAAAUUCCAAAAAUACAAACAAGUAAUGACCGAUUUUCAAACUUAUAUGUAAGAAUAUCUUUAUGAUAAAAUAAAAGUAAAAAUAAUUUGUGAUUCAGUUUCCAGAAAAUAGCUUCCUCUUAAUAUCAUUCACUUUCGUCCAUUUCUCAUCUGCUAUCUGGCGGCUUCAGAGAGAAGGGAAAAGGAGGAAGCAAAAGCAGGAAAGAUGGAGGGAGAGGUUUCCCACUUUCUAUGUCAUGCCUUUUCUCUCCUCUUCUUCUAUCUGCUGUAGCCUUCAGCCUCCCCUUGUUAUUUUCUUCUUAUUCUUCUUCUUCCAUUUCUGUUCUUUCUCUUUAUCAACUUUUGAAACUUCAAUCUCAGCCCGGAAUUAGUCGAUUAGACUGACAUUGGCUGAUUAUGACUGGCCUUCUUUUAGCUAUUUAAUUUGAUGGGUACUCGUAGUAUGUUCUUCACAUGAAAGUCAUCUUGUCAGCCUCCGUAUGAAGAGUUUUUUUCUCAAAUCUCAUGCGGAAGUCCUCCCAGUUGGACCUUAUUGUCUCCUCAUUCCUGGGGAACAGAGGUAUGUCCUAAUCCAGCACGCAGCCAGGACUUUCAGGGGCUUCAUCCUGUACAACGGAGUCCAUUGCCACAGCCUCUCUUGGGAGGGUUCUUCUGAGAUAUCUUGACAAAGUUCCAGAGGAUUACCGCGAGAAAAUAUUCAGAUGAACCAUUAAAUCUGUUUUAUUUUAGCCGUGCUGAAAAUGUCAUGCUAUGAAUGAAAUUGUUUCUUUUCCUACAACAGGGGCAAUCUAUAGUAACAAAUGGAUUUAAUGAACACCGCAUUCUGUAUGAAAUGACUCCUUGACAACCCAUAAUGGACUGAUUUUUAUGAGUAGUCAUAUAUUUAUUUCCGGAAAUGUAGUUUGAAUCCAAGAGACUCUGUAUGGAAUUGCUUUCUAGGAUGUUAUGUUUCUGUACAAUUGUUCUAUUUCAUAUUUGAAUCACAUCGUUGAACAAAUCUCCAAAUAUUCAGCAUCCGAACUUUUAAUAGUUUCCAUAUAAUUAUACAGAAAAAAAUUGAUUUUAUUAUUAACCCAAGUAAUGCAACGAGUCAUUGAUUCAUUCCUUUUUGAGUAGAUGAAAAGAAAAGGCAUAAGUAUAAGGGAAGUAUAUGAUGCCCGGGCGCUGCGUGUGGUGGUUGGGGAUAAGAACGGGAGGCUACAUGGACCAGCUAUUAAGAGCUGCUACAGUCUCCUUGAUAUUGUACACAGGUAACGGAGCACAUCAACUGUUGUUUCUCUUUGUCUAAAGGACACGAUACUGUCUGCUCAGGGGUCACUGUAGGUGUCACUACCCUGAGAAUUUCCACCUCCUUGCGUUAUGCCCCAACCCAAGAAUCAUGCAUGAGAGAUGCAAACCCUUCAUUUCCUCUUUUUGUGGAGAGGAGACCGAUGCUGAAUGGGUCCAUACAUGCUAUAGUUUCCUGUACCCCCGUCGAAGAACCGCCUUGAAAUUCCUUUAACAUAGAGAAGUAAUCUCUUUGCGAGAUUUGAUCAAGUGCAUAAUUAGUAUCGAUCAACUUAUCCAAUGAAUGUCCUCAGCUGUCAAGGAGGUUACUGCAGACAUCGUUUGCUUAUAAGUGAGCUCUGCUUGGGCUUUUUCCAUGACACCCCAGAAUCACGUUCUUGCUCCACACACUCUCAGUGUACUCAGGCCAUAGACAUACAUGCACAUGGGGUGACAAUGGUGAGGAGCGCUGUUGCCUGGUGCCUGGGCUGAGAACAAAAGGGGCUUUGGCCCAGUGUCAAUUUCACUUAUCUCCUUCCUUUUCACGUCAGUGGUCCUGUCCAUUUCCUUGUCUUGCAAUCACGGGACCUCCUAUGUUGUAAUUCACUUGCUGUCUUUGAUUUCUUCAGUCUUUAGUUUCUUUCUUUGAAGCUUUCUAGAUUUAGCAUUUAGGCAAUAUUUCUGUAAAUUAUCUUCACCAGUGUCCUGUAUGGUGACCGCAUAUGUCUCUUUCGUGAACAUUUUCCAGGCUCUGGACACCUGUCGACGGUGAGUUUGAUGAUUACAUUGUCAAUCCUAAGCCGAGUGGUUAUCAGGUAAGUGGUUAUCUGAUGUAAUAACUAGCAUCUCGGAUGGUACAUGGCAGUAGAUAUCGAUAAAUAUUGAUUCGCAUACGUUCUACUUUGCCUCAUCUGUUUGUGCAGAGCAUGAAGAAUCUAACCAUUUCAAGCAUUCUUUUCUCUUCCCAUCCAACCUACUCUUCCUCCAUGUCCAGAAAAUUCCCUCCAUCAUAAAAGAAACUAAGACAAAAAAACUGGCGGUUGAAUUUCUCAUAAUUUAUUCCCCUUUUCAGUCUCUUCAUACCGCGGUGCAAGGUCCUGAUAGUGCGCCGUUGGAGGUGCAAAUAAGAACACAGGUGUGACAUAAAUCAUAUCCCUGUUGCUCAAGUCUACAGAAACCUUCUAGUUUUCGAUUCUAGCCUUAGAUUAAACUGAAAUCAAUAACAUUCUCAUCAUUGACAGCGGAUGCAUGAGUAUGCUGAAUCUGGACUUGCUGCCCAUUGGUUAUAUAAGGAAUCUGAUAGUAAGGUCGGAUAUGCAAGCAAUGUCCCCGAUUCAAAGGUCGAUUCAUCGUCAUAUGAACCUAAAGAUCUUGAAGAGGAGACUGGCUCUCAGGAAGUUCAUCCAAAGCAUGGGUUCCUGAGAGUGGGCCAUCCGGUCCUUCGCGUAGAGGGCAGCCAAUUGCUUGGAGCUGUCAUUCUAAGGUGAAGAACAAUUUGCAAAUUUCAAAACAAGCAUCGUCAAUUGCACCAUUCUUAUUCACCGUCAAUGUUCAUUUUCCAGGAUUGAUCAGAGAGGGAGAGAUUUACUUGUUGCUGUGAAUUUUGAGCUAGAAGCAUCUGAGGCCUUGGCUGACAGGAGAUACUCCUCUCAGAUGAAGCAUUGGGAAGCAUAUGCAAAGCUGUUCAAGAAGGUCAGAGCUAUGGUUGUUUCUUUCUAUUUUUGGAUCGGUUUGAUUUGUCAUUGGAAUUCAGUUCUUAGUUUACCUACCCAUAUGAGUCGUUUGGAGACAACAGAGUAUUGAAAGACAACCAUAGCUCUACAUUCUUCGAAUUGCCUUAUAUCAUUGAUAUCCGUCUUCAUACCGUGGACUCUGUAGCUCAAUCAAGAAUCAAAGCCUAUGAAAAUCUUCUAUUAUGAAUCAGAAAAAUCUGCGUGGCUGACUGACGGCCAUUUGUGCUCUACUUUUGUGAAAAGGACGUCUUCAUUUAAUGAAGACUCUGUGAUUAUCCAUUGAUUGAUCAACUUUAGAGGACCGAACAUUCUUUGAUACCUUUUUCGUGAAAUAUUAAACAAAUUCCCUACAAAGAUUGAUUCGUUUUGUACUAAUGGGCCAUGUAGGCCCUAGUCUCGCAUAGUCUUGGCCCUGUUCUCUUCUCUUCUCUCUCUCUCUCUCUCUCUCUCUCUCUCUCUCUCUCUCUCUCUCUCUCUCUCUCUCUCUCUCUCUCUUCUCUUUGCUAUAUAUAGGAAAGAGCCAUUAACCAGAUACUUUCGCACUGGCCUCCAGGUUUCGGACAAGUGGUGGUCUGCUCCAGGGCAUGGUGACUGGUCCACCUGUCUAGAGAAGUACACGUUGUGCCGUGAUGGGAUGUACCACAAGGUAUGGAAGAACCCUGUUUUUUGUUUUUUGGCUUUAAUUCUCUUACUGUCCCCCCCCCUCCCCCCCCCCAUGAAAUAGAUUAUUUUUCAUAGUAUUCAUUUACUUUAAUACUUUUUUUUCCUAAAAUAGCUAAUGAAACUCUUCGCUUUUCCAUUCCAUAAACUCUCUACGCACAACAUAAAGUGGAUCAAUUUCUUCUUCAGGCUGCUUGAUUGAUGAUCAUGGAUUCUCACUCUUGACAGCAUCUAUACUUAGAAAAUGAAGAGUCCACGAGGAUUCACUCCCCUCAGUCAAUCUAGGAUACAAAUCAGAACAAGAACACCAAAAGCACCGCCAUUUUAUUCGUUGACUGGCAUCUAAUCUAAUCUAAUCUAAUCAUCUGCUAAGUUACUCCCCAGAAAGAUUGCAUGAAACGAAACUUGAAUCGCUCUUUUAUUUGCCCUUGUUCUUGUAUCGUGGAUGGCCAAUAAUGGAAACUAGUGGGAUUUGCAGCAAGAUCAGUUCCAGCGCCUGCUGCCCACCUUCAUUCAAGUGAUAGAUCUGACCGAGCAGGAGGAAGCCGAGUACUGGACGGUCGUCUCUGCGGUCUUUGAAGGCAAAGAAGUCGCCUCCAUCCAGAGCAAUCCCAAUGUCAACGAGAAGCAAAGCUUCUCCCCCUCUAAUUUCCCGUCUUCAGUUGAAUUGGGUAUCAACAACAAGGUGAGACGAGUUUCGUCUACUUUCUUCCUGAUUUUCUUCCGCAAGGUCAACUCUUCUUUUCUUUUUUGGAUAAUGAAAACUGCAGGCAUCCAGACCUCUCUGGGCAUGUCCGUCCCAUCGAUGCCCAAUUAAGCACCGAGCUAUGUUUAGUUGUGUGCUUUCAUCUUUCAUGUCAACGCUCAACCUCGACCCAAAAAAAACGUCAAACUUUGGUUUAUGAGGGUUUGGAGAUUAGAGAUCUGGGUCAAGGUUUCAGCACUUGUGAUAGAUCAAAAAAAGUCAACCUCUGAUCGAGCUUCUCCGAUUUUCUGAGUCCUUUUGCAGGUGCAGCUGCUGAGGACGAUGCUGCAGUGGGAAGAACAGGUGAGGCACGAGGCCUACCUCCGGGUGAGGAAGCCCGGUGUGGGCCCCAAGAGUGGGGCCCGCAGCCCCGUCGUCCUCGACGAGGUGGUGAUCAUCUGCUGGCCCCACGGCUGGAUCAUGCGUAUGCGCUCCGGCAGCACCGCCGCCGACGCUGCCCGCCGGAUCGGCCUCGAGGGCCGCCUCGUCUGCGUCAACGGCCAGCUUGCCCUUCCCCACACGGAGCUCAAGGACGGCGACAUCGUCGAGGUCCGCCUCUGA